UGUCAGAACGUUGAAACCAAUAUAGGAACAUUCAAAACAAAUUAAAAUAAAUUAUAGUUUUUUGGAAAAUAUUCGAUAUAUACGUAUAAUAUAAAAUUAUGAAUUUGCUGCCAAAAACUCAUGAAGAAUUCAGUAAAUCAGAUUAUUGGAAUUCUUUCUUUAAAAAGCGGGGAGAAAAGUCUUUUGAAUGGUAUGGUGAAUAUUUAGAGCUUUGUGAUAUUUUAAACAAAUACAUUAAGCCAAAAGAUAAAAUUUUGGUAGUAGGAUGUGGCAAUUCAAAACUUUCGUUGGAUAUGUACGAUACUGGUUAUAAGGAAAUUAUAAAUAUAGAUAUUUCACAUGUAGUUAUCAAUCAAAUGUUGGAUCUGAAUCGAAAAACAAGACCAGAUAUGCAAUUCUUACAAAUGGAUGCCACAAAAAUGACAUUUCCGGACGAACAUUUUUCAGUAGUUCUAGAUAAAGGCACUUUAGAUGCGUUAAUGACGAGUGAUGAAGAUAGUGUAGUUUCUAUUGUUCAAAAAUAUUUUGAGGAAAUCUGUAGGGUUUUACGCAACGGCGGCAGAUAUGUCUGUAUAAGUCUUUUGCAAGAGCAUAUAGCAAAAUUCGCAAUUAAUUUCUUCCAAAGCCAUUCUUGCAUGUUACGAGUAGUUCGGUGUGUGGAAGCAGAAAAUAUUAUGAGUGCUCAAAGUAGCGAAAUGAGUUUCCCUAUUUUUGCUUUGGUUGUUACAAAAUUCAAAAACCUUAAUCAAAAGGUUCUAGAAAUUUGUAUGGGCGGAGAUAAAGCUCAGAGAGUUCAGUCUGAAUCUCAAGUAUUAGAAAGUAUUGAUUCAAUACAAAAAACUGCAUUGAUAUUCAAUUCUCUCAGAAAAAAAGCUCUGCAAGAUAAAAAUGAUGAAUUAGUUAUUGAGUUAUGUGAAGUGAGCACUAAUAAAAUACGGUUUACAAUAUAUGUUGUAGAACAAACUCCACAAAGAGGAAAUUCAAAGUAUGGAGCAUUUAUAGUACCUCAAGGAAGAGAAGCAGAAUGGUUAUUUUCUACUAAAAGCGGAAGAAAGAAGCUUUUAAAUACAGCUAAACAUAAUCGUUUAGCAAUUGUUACAUUACACAGAGAUCAAGAGUAUGAAUCCCUAGAAAAAAUUCAAGAAGAGCUUAAUAGUACUUUAUUAAACCUUAAACCAAACGGAAUGAUAGAAAAAAUACCUUACUUGUCUGUUGGCCCUGAUGUUGGCAAAAGAGAACUUGUAGCAAAAGGUAAUUCACAGUUUUCUGGUGAAUAUCGAAUAGAAGAUGUAGAAUAUGAAGGUGGAAAAAUAUAUAGACGUUUAGUGUUUAUGAGCAACCAGAAUGUAAUUCAGUCAGAAGCCCUUAUACAAAAGAUUAAACGAAAAAACAAAGAAGAAAAAAUAAUAAAUUUGGAUUAUUUAGCUUGUGAGCAUCAUAUUUAUAUUACAAUAGGAAUAAACAUGGCCACAAAAUUCAUUCAAAAAAGGAAAGUUGAUGAUAAAAUUCUCGUUGUUGGUCUUGGAGGGGGCGGUUUGUGUUCAUUUGUCCAUAAGACUUGCGAUAAUAUUAUAAUUCAUGCGAUUGAGAUAGACUGUGAAAUCUCUAAUGUAGCGGAAAACUAUUUUGGUUUAAAAUUAGACGAGAGAAUGCAAGUUUUUAUUGAAGAUGGUUUAAAUUUUUUAAAAAGUUGUACAACACAGUACAAAAUAAUUAUCUUUGAUGUAGAUAAUAAAGAUUUAUCAUUAGGUAUGAGUUGUCCGCCUAAAGAGUUUGUAGAAAAGGAUGUUCUUAAUAUUGUAAAAAAACUGAUUGAACCAGAUGGAUUUUUUAUAUUAAAUCUCGUUUGUCGUGAUGAAAUUUUAAGAAACGAAAUUAUAACGCAAUUGAAAGAAGUUUUCAAACACAUUUGCACAUAUAAAUUAGAAGAAGAAGUUAAUGAAAUUGUUUUCUGUACUAAUCAAAAGGAUUUAUUUAGUAUGAUAGAUUGGAGGAAUAAAUUGGAGAGAUCUUGCAAAGAAUUGAACAAUAUUAUAAAAAAGAAAAAAAUUAAUAAUAACAGUUUUGAAAAUUUAGUUGAAUUCUUAAAUAAUUUAUCUAUAUCUUAGUUAUAAUAAAAAAUAUAAUGUAAAAUUAAAAAUAAUAAAAAAUUUAAGAAAUUA